AGUUUCCACUGCAAAAAAAAGGCAGGGUUAAGUCACAUUUUCGUAACUGACAUGGGCGAAACUAAAGAUUAUGAGGGCGUAGUCGCGUGGAGUGCAAAUAACCUGUAAAACGCUGGUUUAGGUUACAGUAUAAUGGUAUAGUCGUUAUUUUACAACACUUUUGAGAUGGACACUUUUUAUUCAAACGGUUCUCAGAUAAAUACCACACUGCCGACUGAAGACUGGACAACUGUCUACUCAGCAGUGCGCUGGAUUCAAAUGACAAUGGCAAUUCUGAGUAUUUUAGGUUCUGGCUCCAUUAUUUUCUACACUGUUCUCCAAAGACACGUAAGAACGUCUGAGGUACAACCACUAUUUCUUUUGAGCUUAACGGACCUGCUGUUAGCCAUGAGCUGGUUGAGUGGCGCUCUCCUCUUCAGCAAUUUCUGUGAAUCUCAUGUUAUCUGUUACAACCUCCACACUGUGGAGCAGACGCUCUUCAUGGCUUCCUUUUUCUAUACACUCCACUAUGUGUGGGUGCUCUACACUGGUUUGAAGGAGAAAUAUUUUUGCAGAAUGAAUGGUUUCUCAGCUCAGAAUCCAAUCCAAGCAAACCCAUGCAGUCAACUGGGAGCUGUUAUUUCCUGUGUUUUGCCACUCAUGCUCACAGUGCCAGUGUUCAUAACAGGAAAUGUGUCACAUUGUUAUGUAAACUUUACACAGCCUUACAGAUGCCUUUUGUUACACACUGGUGCUCUGUACCUUACCUCACAGGAGAGUGAGAUACUCAUAACUUGUAAGAUCAUCAGUGACUACACUAUUGCUACCUUCCUAAUGACCUUCUUCUUCACUCUAACUGGGAUUGUGGUGCUAAUGGUAAAAGCUCGCUCCUUGUACAAGCGCUGUUUUACUUCUCAUGGCUUCUUUGCUGAUCGUCAGUGGGCCACACUCCGUGUGCUGGAGCAGCGCAUGUUCCUUUACCCAACUGCAUUCUUUUUCUGCUGGGGACCAGCAAUUUUCCUGGCCACAAUGAUGUUAUUCAAACCAGAGGAAGUGGAAGGAAAGGUGGGAGUUAUCCUGUACAUUCUACAGGCCCUCACCUCUGGCUCUCAGGGUCUGUUGAACUGUCUGGUGUAUGGUUGGACCCAACAGCACUUCCGCAACCUAUGCAGUGGCAUUAUGCGAGAUGCUGAUACCCAAACGCCACUCUUGCGUUCCCAGAAAAAAUCUUACAACAACCUCUGCUCAUCCAGCACAGACAUGCAACACAUCUGAGGGAUGCAAAAAAAAUUAUAUUUAUUUAUUACUAAUUAUUAAUAAUACUAAACUGCCUUGACUUUGGCUGAGAGAUUUAUUAAGAGUUAUUUGCGUCACACAGAAAAAUGUCUGGACAUUCAUAUGUGAAGUGCAUCUCUAGAGGUGGGUUUUUCUUUUGUUUGAUUUUUACUUCUGUGGUCACCCACAGGGCAUGGCAUGCAACACCAGGUGUCCAGGCAAGAUGGGUAAAUAUGAGAAUAAAAACACUAUAUGAGAAUUUUGAAAAGUGUCUCAAAGAAGGAAGAGGUCUAGUAUUGGUUUUGUUAUGAGUCCUGCUGCUGCACCUGUUACCAGAAAGCUAUGCAAAGAAAUUCCACUAAGAGCCUCUAGCUAUGUUCAUAAAAAGCAACGAACUUUACAUACGGUUAAAAACUGAAACGUGAGAAAGGACUUCUUUUUGACAUAUGGCAAGACAGGACAAAAGUACACAUUAAAGUGAAAAAUACUUUUACAGUA